AAAAAUAGAACUUUACAAUUUACAAAUCAUCAGAAUUUUGCUUAUAUUCAGCCCGCUGCAUCACCAUUUAAUCAACACCAACUGGAUUUCCCUCCAAAACAAAUGUUUAACGAUCAAGUUCAGAAGCAUCAACCACAACAACAAGGACAUCAACAGUGUGAUAUGUGUAGAGAUGAAGGGCCUUUUGAUCAAAUAGUUCCUGUAUGUGACAAUACAAAUAGGACACAUAAAAGUGUUUGCUUAUUUGCUCAAUGGAAUUGUGAAAGAAGACUACGUGGGGAAGAAGAGAAUGUAUUCGUCCACGUGGGGGAAUGCAAUCAAGAAGAAGACUGCCCAAGUAAAUGUAGUCAUCAACUCAAGCCUGUCUGUGAUUCUAACGGAAUUACACAUCCAAACCUUUGCGCUUACAAACUUUAUCGUUGCCUUCAAAGAAAAAGUGGUAUCAAAUCUACAGGUUGGCUGGUGUCGUUACGCGAGUGUGCAACAACAACCUCAACCUCCUCACAUGAUCACAAUGUUUCCAACAAUAAAAACACUUUAAUUCCUUCACAACAUUCAAAACAACAAUUAAAAUUAAUUGAAUGCCCUGAUGAGCCAAACUGUGAGGAUGAAGUGGAAGAAAAUAAAAUUCAACAAAUUUGUGAUAGUGAUGGAAAAGUCCAUAAGAGUACUUGCCUUUUUGCACAUGCACAUUGUUUAGCAGCUAAAACAGGAAAAGCUUUACGCAUUAUUGAAUGUCCUCCUCAACUACAAAAUGUUUCUACAACAAUUUCCAUACCUACAAUUCCAACAUCAACAUCUAGCCAACAAAAACAAAUUUCAACAAAAUUAGUUCCUCCUAAAAUAUCAGCCAAUUUUGCUUCUAUGCCUCCACAACUAACAACUACAACAUUAAAAACAUUAAUAAAUACUCAAGAAGAAAAACAAAAGAUAUUAGAUUGUGAACGUAGAUGGCAUGAUUGUGGAGAGUCCCCAAAAGAUGCUUAUUGUGGAUCUGAUUUGAUAACAUAUAGGAAUUUUUGUGCUAUUCAGAAAGCUUCUUGUCUGGACAACCAAAUAGAAGUACUCUUCAAAGGAGAAUGUGAAAGGUGUCUAUCAAAUCCUUGCCUGGCUAAACGUAAUACUGCUGAAGAAGACAAUAAUGAUUCUUUUUAUGUUUGUGAUCAAGGAGGGGAGACUAAGAGUAAAUGUGAAUUUGAAGUUUUGCGUUGUAUUUAUGAAAUUAAAUUUGGCUACAAUAUUACUGCUGCUUAUCAAGGAAAGUGUUGCCCUAGUAUCGAGUCAUGUACAGGUGGGCCAGAGACACAACCCAUCUGUGAUACGAACAAUUUUCGUCAUUCUAAUUGGUGCAGCUUUGAGGUGGCAAAAUGUCGUUCAAUCAAAAUUCAUCACAAACCGUUGGAAGAACGUGAAUGUAAUAUUAACAACACUGAAAGACGGAAGGAGAAUAUCGAGGAAAGAGAAGAGGAAACCGGACAACAACACGAGGCAGACGUUCAUUCUUCUGCAAUUUCCCAACAAUUAUUAACAUCCUCAAGCAAUACUGAUGUACUUCAGAAUGUGAGCGUUGAAUUGCUUAGUGUAGAUCAACUAAUAUGUAGUGAUAAAUACGAACCAUUGUGUGCUAGUGAUGGACGUACCUAUAGAAAUGGUUGCCAUUUGGAAAGGCAUAAUGCUUCAGUAAAAGAUAAAAAUGAAUCCUCUCCUUUAAGGGUUUUAUAUCCGGGUGAGUGUUGCCCUCAAUUAAAAUGCCAAGACGACUAUGUGCCUGUUUGUGACAGUGAAUUUACUACUCAUUCGGUGAUAUUUCUAUUUUAUCUUUUUUUAAUUUUUAAAAAGAAUUUCUGUCAAUUUUCACACCAACGCUGUUUAGCUGAACGAACAACAGCUCAAAAUUUAACAAUUCUCUCAUAUACAAAAUGUGAUCUUAAAAACGAUAAUGUUUCUAGUUUGCUUAGAAAAUCACUCACAAAUGAUAGCUUUAAUUUAUCAUAA